UUUAAAAGAAGGUGCUAAAGGGGGUGUCCUGCAAAGAAAAGGAGAGGAGUGCCCCCCUUUCCCUGCUUCCCACUGAAUUCUCCUAUCUGCAACUAUACAGUUGCUCUUGCGCGGCUCUGGCCUCAGUUGCAGCUCAAUCAUUUGCAGAUAUAUAAGCCACUACUAUACCCUCUGCAUUUCCCACCCCUUCAGCCAUGGAUUCUUGAAGAAACUGCUGCGCUAUCAGAGGAGGCUUUUGGCUGUGCACGAUUGCAAGCUGUUCAAGUUCCACAAACCUGACCUCUGCGAAUUUCGAGCUCUCAGCUUCUGCAUUGCGCUGAAAUGGGGAGGCAUUCUUGCUGCUACAAGCAAAAGCUGAGAAAGGGGCUCUGGUCCCCUGAGGAGGAUGAGAAGCUCAUGAAUCACAUAACCAAGCAUGGCCAUGGCUGCUGGAGCUCCGUCCCUAAACUUGCAGGGCUCCAAAGGUGUGGCAAGAGCUGCAGGCUGAGGUGGAUAAACUACCUGAGGCCAGACCUUAAGAGAGGUGCAUUCGCUCAGGACGAGGAAGACCUCAUCAUUGAACUCCAUGCUGUACUCGGGAACAGAUGGUCUCAGAUUGCAGCACAGAUGCCUGGGAGGACUGACAAUGAGAUCAAGAACCUCUGGAACUCGUCCCUCAAAAAGAAGCUGCGGCAGAAAGGCAUUGAUCCCAACACCCACAAGCCCCUCGCUGAGACUGAUCGUAGUGGAGCAGCUCCCACCAUCAGCACCGAGAGGACCUCUGGUUCCAGUGACGUCAACCCGUCAAGUGCUGGUGGUGGUCUAGGGAACUUCAGUCACCUCCUCAGCGAGACAGCCCAAUCAUCAAUGCUGCUGCCAGUGUAUGACAAGAAGCGGCCUGAAACUCCAAGCUUGGCACGGCCUAAGGUGCAAGCAAAGGAGUUAUUUCUGGACCAGCUUGCUGCUGGUCAUGAGAGCCCAUCAAACUGCCGUUCAUCAGGUCCAACACUCUACUUCCCUUUCCAGCAGCAAUUAGGCUACAACGAGUGUGGCAGUGGUGAUGGUGCAAACAUGAAUUCGCUCUGGUUCAACCAGAAUGAUUUCAGCUGCAGCACAAUUUCCACCGUGAUGCCAACAGUUUCACCAUCAGCCCUCUCGACCUCAAUGGGCCUGAAUCUCCCACCAGACAAUCACCGCCACGGUGGCACCGGCAUUGGCAGUGCCCCUUUCUACUGGGAUGGUGUUAACCCCAGCAGCAGCGGUAGUACAGGGAGCAGUGGAAGCAACAGCAUGGGAUUUGAGCCACAAAGCACAAACUCAAUUCUGGAGAACAGUGUAUUCUCAUGGACAGAUAUCGGAGUCGGCCAAGAAAAAGAUACCAGAGUUCAGUUAGUGGAGGAACUCAAGUGGCCGGACUUGCUUCAUGGAACCUUUGGAGAGGCAAACGCGAUGCAGAACCAGAGCCAAUCCUUGUACGAUGAUGUGAUCAAGGCAGAGAGCCAAUUCAACAUGGAAGGGAUAUGUGCUUCUUGGUUCCAGAAUCAGCAGCCACAGCAACAGCUGCAAGCAGCAUCAGACAUGUAUGACAAAGACUUGCAAAGAAUGCCCUUGUCUUUUGAGCAUAUCUAGGUACUAUGUUCCUCCAUUCAUGGAACAGAGUAAAUCAGCUGAAGCUGAGACCUGUCUCACAGAUUCGUGAGGAGGUUAUGCUGAGGUGCUUGCGUAGAUACAUCUGUUGGUUGAUACAGAAAUCAACCUUCACAACUUUCAUCAGCUAAAGAUCAUGCAGUGCCCAUGGAAAAGACAGUUCUAUCCUCGGUAGUGGCAUCAAAAUGCAUAGAAAAGUACAUUCUGGAGUCUCCCUUUCUUUCUCUUGAAAAUUGUUGUUUUCUUCUGUACACGACAACUCAACUUUUGGAUACUUGAGUCAUGGUUCACUCUCUGCUUAUCAAAUAAAUAGACAGGCAUGGGUAAAACUGCAUGUGUCGGUAGCUAUCACAAACCACAUAAGUAGUCCCAAACUUUUCAACUGCUGCCAUGCACGUAGAUGGGAAUUAAUAAUUGCAUGUUGUAUUUUUAUUUCUUUUUAAGAAGUUGCCGACAAACUGCAGUUGUAUAUUUGUAAAGGCAGAA